UCUCGCGAGGACGGACGCCAUUAUCGCAGCUCCCCGACAAACACCACGAGAAUUCCGCAGCCCACACGGUGACGGAACCCUGGUCCUCCCUGAGUCUGACUCCUGCUCGGCGGCCGGCUGCUCCCCCCGGUUCUGGAUGAUGUCAGAGCAGGACCUGGCGGACGUGGUGCAGAUCGCCGUGGAGGACCUGAGCCCCGACCACCCAGUUGUCCUGGAGAACCACGUGGUGACAGAUGAUGACGAACCGGCUCUGAAACGCCAGCGCCUGGAGAUCAACUGCCAGGACCCCUCCAUAAAGUCGUUCCUGUACUCAAUCAACCAGACCAUAUGCUUGCGCCUGGACAGCAUCGAGGCCAAGCUGCAGGCGCUUGAGGCCACAUGCAAGUCGCUGGAGGAGAAGCUGGACCUGGUCACCAACAAGCAGCACAGCCCCAUCCAGGUGCCCAUGGUGGCCGGCUCCCCCCUGGGCGCCACACAGACCUGCAACAAAGUACGAUGCGUCGUCCCCCAGACUACAGUAAUACUCAACAGCGAUCGGCAGAGCGCCAUAGUAGCCAAGACGGAGGACCCCCUGUGCAGCAGGGCGCCGGACCCCCUGGAAAAUAUCGUUAGCAACGCGGUUCCCGGGCGGCGGCAGAACACCAUCGUGGUGAAGGUGCCGGGCCAGGAAGACAGCCACAAUGAGGACGGCGAGAGCGGGUCCGAGGCCAGCGACUCUGUCUCCAACUGCGGGCAGUCGGGCAGCCAGAGCAUCGGGAACAACGUCACCCUCAUUACCCUCAACUCGGAAGAGGACUACCCCAAUGGCACGUGGCUGGGGGACGAGAAUAACCCCGAGAUGCGGGUGCGCUGCGCCAUCAUCCCCUCCGACAUGCUGCACAUCAGCACCAACUGCCGCACGGCCGAGAAGAUGGCGCUGACGCUGCUGGACUACCUCUUCCACCGGGAGGUGCAGGCCGUGUCCAACCUCUCGGGCCAGGGCAAGCACGGCAAGAAGCAGCUGGACCCCCUCACCAUCUACGGGAUCCGCUGCCACCUCUUCUACAAGUUCGGCAUCACCGAGUCCGACUGGUACCGCAUCAAGCAGAGCAUCGACUCCAAGUGCCGCACCGCGUGGCGGCGGAAGCAGCGCGGCCAGAGCCUGGCGGUCAAGAGCUUCUCGCGGCGGACGCCGUCCUCGUCCGCCUCGGCGGCCUACGGCGCCUCAGAGGCCGUGCUGAGCGCGCCGUCCCCCGCCGGCGAGAUGCCGCAGCCGCCGCCGCAGGCGCUGCACUACGCCCUGGCCAACGCGCAGCAGGUCCAGAUCCACCAGAUCGGCGAGGACGGCCAGGUCCAAGUAGGCCACCUCCACAUCGCCCAGGUGCCGCAGGGGGAGCAGGUGCAGAUCACGCAGGACAGCGAGGGUAAUCUACAGAUACACCAUGUUGGACAGGACGGGCAGGUGCUGCAGGGGGCCCAGCUGAUUGCCGUGGCCUCUUCUGACCCUGCGGCCACAGGUGUGGACGGGUCACCGCUCCAGGGCAGCGACAUCCAGGUCCAGUACGUCCAGCUGGCGCCAGUGACUGACCACACCGCUGCGGCUCAGACGGCUGAGACCCUGCAGCCCGCCCUGCAGCCCGAGAUGCAGCUUGAGCACGGCGCCAUCCAGAUCCAGUGAGUCGGACGCACCUCUGUUCCCGUGCACCGGGCCUGGCCCGCGGGUGGCGCGGGCAGAUGCGGACAAGAGCCCGUCGCCCGCCCGGCCGGAGCUCCCCCAGCCCCCGCGCGGCGUCCAGCGGGUGGGGAGGCACAGCGCGGCGGCCUCCAGGAUCCACAGAGUAUCAGGAACUAUCAUAUUUUUCUCUGUUUAAACAGCUUUUUAAAAUUAGCUUUGUUGUUUAUAACAAAAAAGAAAACUGAAAAAAAAGUGGAUUGCCGGAAGCCUUUUGCCGUGAGCUCUGGUCAGUGUCGUGAAAAUAGGUGUUUGCAAAAGACGACUAACGAUUUUGAUGGAAAUAUUGCUUACCUACUUUUCUAGGGGAAAUGCUCUCAGACACUGUAAUUACACAUUUUUAAUGAAAUAAAAUGUAUUUAUGAGCACUGCAGCAG